AUGAAAAACUUGCUUAAAGGCAAGGCAACCAAAGCUGCCACUCUCGAAUUUCUCUCUAAAAAAUUUACUCCCGUAGAAGGAUGGAAACUUCCGAACACAACAUCAACUCACAAUAGUAAUGCUAGUAUUGAACAUUUAAUACAAUCACAGAAUAAUCAUAAUCUUCCAUUCUACUUUUCUAAAGUUGGAUUUGGUGGUCAUUCUCUGAGUAUGAAUGAUUCCGAAGGAGAAUCAACAAUUCAAGAUCAAGAAUUUGCCAUACAAAAGGCUAUACAGGGAGGUGUAAACUUGAUUGAUACUAGUGCGGACUAUGGCACAAGUCAGAUGAUGAUUGGACAUGUUUUGAAUGGAAUGUGUGCUCAUCAUAUUCCAAAUCAUCAUCAACAUGUUCAUGAACAAUUGGUUGAUAGUGGAAAGAUUUAUAGAGAUGAAUUGGUUUUGAUGAGUAAGGUUGGACCUUUGGAUAAUUAUGUUGAUGAGAGGAAUCACUCAGUCUUGUCAAAAUUAGUGCAUGAAUGUCAAGUGGAAGAUUUGAAUAAGAGGAUUAUUACUUUACCGGAUAAAUUACAUCACUAUUCACUUGAUCCACUCAUUCUUUCACAUGAAAUUACCAGAUGUUUGAGGGAAUAUCAAGUGGAAACAUUGGAUGUUUUAAUAAUUAAUCAACCAGAGAGAAUGCUUCAAGCCAUGUUAAUGAGUGAAGAUAGAGAUUCAAGUGAUAGUGCUGUAUUUGCUGAAUUUUAUCACAAACUGGAACAAGCUUUCAAGUGCUUGGAAAGUGAAGUUGAGAGAGGACGUAUUCAAUCCUACGGUAUUGCCUCCAAGUCCAUUACAAAAGCUCCUGGACCAGGUAUCCUCUCCAUUGAUUUGAAUAAGUGUUUAAAGAUUGCUGAACAUGUUUAUGGUAACAAGGAUCACCACUUUAGAGUCGUUCAAGUCCCAUAUAAUUUACACGAGAAGAAUGUCUAUACAGAUGAAAUAUUCACAGACAAGAAUGGCCACAGAGCCAACUUCCUCACAAUGGCUAAAUCUCACAAAUUGGCAACCAUGGCCUACAGACCACUCAAUGCACAAUUAGAUUCACACUUGAUUUUCAGAUUUGCUGAUUAUGAUUUUGAUAAGAAAAAGAACGAUAUGGAAUCAAUUGUUCAAGAAUAUCAAAAGAUUUCAAACGAAAUUGCCUUUAACGAGCUUAAUACACCAUGGUACACUGUUGACUUGAGUGAUGAUUCAGUCCAUUUGUCAAAGGAAGUUCAACAAUGCACACUCCCAGAAAUGUCUGAGCAAAAUUUAAUACAAAUGAGACCAUCCAUUUCAUGGGGACAUAUCAUAAUGACCAAUUAUGAUCAAUUGGAAUCAUACUUUACCUUUGAAAAAGUUUUGAGAAAUAGAAUCAUACCAGAACAAAAGUACAUCUUUUCCAAAUUGGCUCAAAUGUCGAACAGAGUUAAUGAAAAUGACUAUAAUGCAGUUGGUAUGAAAAAGGAGACUACUGGAAGUGAUGCCAACUCUAUGAAUAAUUUCAAGUCACAAUGUAACAGAUGGCUCAGUCACUAUCAAAGAUUGUGCAACAAGUUCUAUAGUGUUUAUUCAGAUCUUCUCUCGCUCAAGCAUCAACAUCAAUGUGAAGAUUUGCACGUCAAGCUUUCCAAACUUUCAAAUGGUGAUUUAGAUUCCUACAAGACUCUUUCUCAAAAAUCAAUAAGGUGCCUCGUCGAUACACCAAACUUGGAUACAGUUCUAGUUGGUAUGGAUAAGACAAAAUAUGUUGAUGAAAUACUGUUCGAAGCAACAAAUAAUGAGUAUUCACUUCUCCAAUCGAGACCAAAGGAAUAUCAACAAGUGGUAGACAAUGUAAUUAGAAAUGUUGCUGUUAACAAUUUCCGUCUUAUUGUUGAUGAAGAUCCACAUACAGCAAACUUGAACCAACAUGAACAACAAUAA